AUUUAUUAUUUAUAUGUCCCCCCUAACCUACCUAACCUUAUUCUAUGAAUGCGCGGGAAUUAACACCAAAACAAACUGCACAGUGUUCUGCCACAUAACUUCUGAAGCAAUGUCGUCAGGAGGUGAAGAUGUACAAUUUGAGGAUGUAGAUGAUCUAGAGCGGCUCUAUGAUGGUGUCGAAGAAACAGAAAAUAUCGAAGAAGCGAUAGAAGAUAACACAGGCGAGAAUGGUGAAAAUGAACAGGGCAAUGAAGAUGAGGAUGAAUCACAAAAAAAAGUCGUUAAACCCAAAAGAGUUGUACGUAAUCCACAACCGAAGCUCAACGAUCAAACUUUGAAAGGACCAAAAGGUAUCGGUGUGUUAUCAAAAUACUUUGAGAAUGUUCAAUUCAAAGGGAAAGGCUAUGAGGAGGAAGAUCUGAAUGUAUUGCUGAAGACUUAUGAAUAUUGGUGUCACAGAAUGUUCCCUAAAUUUCCUUUUGAAGAUUGCAUUGAGAAAUUGGAGAAAUUGGGUGCCAAAAAAACAGUACAGACUUAUUUGAAGAGAAUUAGAAUGAAUAUAACAUUUGAUGAAGAACCAGAUAAAAUGGAUAGUGAUAAUGAAGAAAUUGCCAUGCCAGUGGAAGAAAAUGUGUUCGAUCAGUUGACUAAACGUGCUGAACCAGUUGUAAAUGAAGAAAUGUUGGAAAGAAUGAGGUUAAACAGAGAAAAAGCUGAAAAGAUUAAACAAGAAAGAUUGCAAAGAAUUAGAGCCAAGGUGUCAAACAACAUAGGAGAGUCACAAAUUUUACAACAUAGAGGUACUGUAAAUCGUGAUCAAACAUCUCUUAAUGAUAUUGAAAAUAACAGUUUGCCACCAUCAUAUACACAAGAAUCAAGAAAAAGUAUAGACAGUGAUAAGGAAGAAUUUGAAAAGAUGGACACUAAUGCAACACAAACACCCCACAAAAAAGUAUCAAGAAAAAAGAGAGUAUUUGAAAGUGAUGUUGAAGAAAUUGAAGAGGAUGAUCAAGAUGUUGAAAAUAUUGAUGAUAUGUUAGAUGAAAUCAACAACUCAAAACAAAAAAAUACUGUUGAAAGUGAUGGAAAUUCGUUAUCUCCUAAAACACAACAGCCAAAGAGAACAAUUCUGGACAGUGAUAGUGAUACUGAAGCAACAUCUCUUGAACAACUAUCAGAUAAUAUUGGUAAUGCCAAUGAAGACAGCAAUUUGUUUCCUUCACAAACACAAAAAUUAAGAAGAAAGACAGUUAUAGAUAGUGAUAGUGAAGACUCUGAAGAAAUGGACACUAAUGUAACAUCUAAAUCACCACCCAAAAAAAUAUCAAGGAAAAACAGAGUAUUGGAUAGUGAUGAUGAAGAUAUUGAAAUGAAUAAUCAGCAAAAUGUUGAUAAAAUCAGUAAGCCAAAUGAAAAUAAUGUAACAGAGAAAAAUACUUUUGAGAGUGAUGAAAGUGAAAACAGUAGUUCACUACCUUUAGAAACACUUAAAUCAAGAAAAAGUAAAAUUCCAGAUAGUGAUGAUGAAGAAUAUGAAAUGAUAUCUCAGCAGCUCCAUAAGAAAAAGAGAGUAAUUGAUAGUGACAAUGAAGAAACUGAAGAGAAUAAUCAACAAGUUGCUGAAAAUGUUGAAAAGGAAACUACAAUGAAUGGUACAUAUGAAAGUGAGACUCAGAGUAGCAAUUUAUUAUCUUCAAAUAUAAAAGAAUCAAGAUCGACGAGAAUUGCAGACAGUGAAUGUGAAGAAAUAUUAAAAAAUAAUGCUCUCAGUGAUGAAGGAGAAAAAGAUGAAGAUGAAUAAAUUGUCACAUAACUCACAAAAGCACUAUGUAUAUAAGUAAAGAUAUUGAUUUUCCCUUGUAUGUGAAUACUAUUAGUUGAAAUUUAAGGAGAUAUGUUAUGAUAUUUGAAUAAAACUCAUAAUUUAGUAA